GCAUACCAGACGGGUGCUUUUAGAUUUCAUCUUUCAUGAUACUGUUUAUUACAACCAUGCUGUUCGCCAAGUUUCUGCUUUUGUCUUUCAUGGUGGUACGAGUGCAGGGAUAUCUGCACCAAUUUCAGCCGUUCCUGUUUGUGAACAUUAAUGAUACAGCAAAGAUCCAGUGCUCUUCCAAAAAACAAUUUGUAGCAGGAGGUAUCACAGCUCAGUGGUACAGGAGACGAGAAGGUGAGGCCCCCAUGUUAAUUAAGAGAUGCUCAGAUCAUCAAAACGUAAAUAAAGUUGCUUGCAUAUCGGAAGGAGACAACUUGACACUGGCAAUCUACAAUGCCCAACGGAGUGACUCUGGGGUUUAUUACUGUACCGAUUCGUACAUCAUCUUCUUGACUUUUGGCAACGGAUCCACCCUGAUUGUUGGAGACAGUUACACCAACAGCAGUUGGGUGCUGCCUCUGGCUCCAUCUUCCCACGGCCUCCUCUACUCCGGGACGGCUGAUCUGGCUUGCGUGGUCCAUGGAGUUUCCAACCCAGUCCAAAUUUCCUGGAGUAUUUCUGAGGAUCUGCAGGAACAGGGGCUGACGCGUUCGCUGAAAACAAAGGAGGGCUCCCUCGUGUUCAUAAAUCACAUCAGCAUCCCCAUGGCCACCUGGACCAGUGGGAAGAAUUUCACCUGUGAUGUUAAAUUCAACUCUUCUGGCAAGAGUGUUAAGAAAAUUGCCAGGUAUGUUGAAGCUUCCUCCACAGCCCCUGCCAGCGAGUGCUCACAUUACAUUGUGCCCCUUGCGGCUGGAGCUGGGCUGCUGCUGCUGGUGGUGUCUCUGAGCCUCAUCUGGACCCUCUGCCCUUCCACACUAGGAUUCAAGCCCAGGAUCUCAGCACCCCCAGCCUCAGAGGAGAACCAGGGUGGAAUCUUAUACGCUCAUCUGGAUUUUGAUUCACGGAAUCGCAAGGGGUGCACGAUGCAGCGACCGGCCAGAGGGAAACGUGUAAAACCCUGAACUGUCUAGUGCAGGGGAAUCCACAUAUGGAAACUGAUGGCUGGUUCUCUGCUGAUCAGAUGUAGCAGCUGGAAGAAGGAUCUGUCUGUCUCCGUCUCCUUUCUUUUUUAUUUUCUCCACUUCUCUGUUUAGAAUAAAAAGCUCAGAAGAUCCCCACAGAGUCCAGCCUCAUCAGGUGGGAAAUCUCCUUUUGGGAUAUAAAGGCAUCAUGGUGUAGAUUACUUUACACGUCACUUGUGUAUUAGAUUGGAAGCUCUUUGGAGCAGGGACUGUCUCUUUGUUCUGUGUUUGUGUAGCGCCUUGCACAGAGGAGCUCUGGUCCAUAACUGGGGCUCCUGGGUGCUAUGAUAACACAAUCAUCAUCAUCCUCCCCCACAUGCAGAGGGACCCGGACACAGCUAAACGGUUGCGGCUUCUCUGCACAGAGUGAGGCCGGAUGGCAGGAGCCUGCAGAGGGGACGUGCAGCCCCUGUAUUCACCACAGCUCCCCUGAUCCUCAGCCAGCACAUGCUCCCUUUGUAGUAACGUUACAUGGACGUGCAAUGGGAUUGUGAAGGGGAAGGAUGGAAGUGGGAGGAGCUGGGAGGGGUGAGAAUCUCUCCCCAGGCCAGUGCGGGAGCUGCUACUCCAGUGCUACCUCUGCAGGCUGCUGCUUUACCCCCGGGGUGAGAUCCAUAGAGCCCCAUGUCCCAGCCCCUCUGCACCAUCUAACGAUAACAACACGUUACCAAUGGCUGGAGCUCUCCUGGUGCCUGAGCCUGCACGCGCUGCCUGUUUGCAUCACAACUUGUUGUUAUUCAAGCUGUCAUUCAAAUUGUCACUCAUUAAAA